UUCAUUUGUAAGUUCAUUCGUAGUGUGUAGCCGGAUUCCGCGGUGGUGUUUGUGGUUUUGAAUUCGUACGUUAAAGUUUUUAUACGUUACUUGAGUUUUCGUUUGCAUAGUACAAGGCAACUAAUACCAGAAUGACUAAAUCGCCGACAGUGUUUCCGGCUGAAAACUUCGACGAUGAAGCGGACUCCCAGGCGUUGAAAGAAGCCUUCAAAGGAUUUGGAACGGACGAAGAUGCUGUAAUAGACAUCAUAGCGAGAAGGAGCAACGAACAAAGACGGAAAAUAGCAUCAAGAUUUAAAACUAUGUAUGGCAAGGACCUCAUAAAAGAACUGAAAAGCGAACUCAGGGGUAAUUUCGAGGACGUAAUCUUGGCUCUAAUGACCCACCCUGUCGAGUUUCAAGCCAAAGAGCUGCACAAGGCGAUCACGGGCUUAGGCACCGACGAGGCCACCAUCGUCGAAAUUCUGGGGGUGCAUACGAACGAGGAAGUUGUGAAAAUUGCCAACGGAUACGAGGGGUUAUACCAAACUUCCCUCGAGGCGGACAUCAAAGGCGAUACGUCCGGCCAUCUUAAACGCCUUCUAGUUUCAUUAUCCACGGGAAACAGAGAUGAGUCGGACCAAGUGGACCAAGAGGCUGCUCGCCAAGAUGCCACAGCUCUCCUCCAAGCUGGAGAGUUGCUUUUUGCCGGCACAGAGGAAUCUGUUUUUAACGCUGUGUUGUGCCAAAGGAAUCGACCCCAACUAAGGCAGAUCUUCCACGAAUAUGAGAAUAUCACCGGUCACUCUUUCGAGAAAGCGAUAGAGAACGAGUUCUCCGGAACUCUCAAAGAUUCUAUGCUCCAACUCAUUCACUGCGUGAGGGAUCCAAUCGACUUUUUGGCUACCAGAUUGCACGAUGCUAUGGCCGGAAUAGGAACUGAUGAUCGAACACUGAUAAGAAUAGUCGUCGGGAGGUCCGAGAAAGACCUGGGAGAAAUCAAAGAAGUAUAUGAAGCAAAGUAUGGAAAAAGCCUGGCCGAACGGAUUGAGCAGGACACUUCGGGGGACUAUAAGAAAACACUUCUGACCAUCGUCGGUUAAUCUGAUCACUUGUGCAGUAUUUUUCUAUUAUUAUAUGUAGCUGUCAGCUUUUGCAAAUAUAAGUUGAGUUUAUAUCUGAGAUCUUAUUGAAAAUAAAUACG